AGGAUCGAAGGAACAGAGGGCAGGAAGGGGUGUGGGCGGUGGGGAAGGGGUAACGCAAGCAGGGUGAGGGUGGCAGGAUCUGGGGGAGCCAAGGAGGUGGUGGCGGCAGUUGGAGGAGAGUUCUUGCUGAAGGCUGUCAGCCAUGCCAUUCGUUAAUCUUCAGGAAAAAAUAGGAAUCGAUAUCGACAAAUGGUUGCUGAUUCAAAGUGGCGUACAACCUAAUGGACGUGCAGCUCGUUGCCAUGUAUUUGAGAAGGACUGGAUUGAAUGUGCACACGGAAUUGGGAAGAUCAGAGCCAUGAAGGAAUGUCAACUGGAAUUGGAAGAUUUCCGAGAAUGUUUACACCAUCAGAAAUUGAACAAGAGGCUGCAUGAUAUCAGAAUGCAAAAGGAAAAGCUAAUAAAGGAAGGAAAAUAUACUCCUCCAGACCACCACACUGGCAACAAUGAACAACGACCAUAGGUGCUGCCCUCACUUCUUCACACUGGCAAGAGCAACCAUCAUCCCAGCACUCAGACUGAAGCAUUGCACUUGGUCUGCUAGAGAUUAUUGUGCAAGCAUUCAUGCCAUAAGUACCAAAAUUCUUGUGCGUAUGGUCACUCGUUAAUAAUAAAUCUGUAUGAUUUACUAUUGAAUAAUUAAAUUCAAAUUCAGGAUGACACUA